GUACCGGUACUGGUACCGAGGCCUUCUUAUGUGCACGCAAACGAGAGCCAUCCGUCCGUCAGAUUGAUUACGAAUUGCAAGAUGAUAUCCACAAACCACUUUCAUGCCUACUUCCUUUGAUGAGCUCACUUCUUCCUGCUGAUAGCACCGACUGGACGUCUCUACUCAACAGGACGAGAGAGUUGUUGAAGACCGAUGAGUCGUCAUCGCUUGACUUGGCCAGAACCAACUUUUCCCAGACUCGUGAUGUUUUGCAAGCAUACAGCAAUUUAUUACUGCUCGCUGGCGACAAUGGCACCAAGAAAGAACUCUCCAAAGACUACAAGAAAAAACUGAUUUGGGACACUAGAGCCGCCCUUCGAGUGGCACUUUCCAGUACUUCCAUUCAAGAUGAAAACCUCCGAAAUCAAGUGUUAAAUUCAGCAGUAUUAGAGUUGACAUGGCACGAACCCAUCCUUCAGAUCCUAUCCAGCCAAAAGGGAGAUUCCAAAUGCCGUGUCCUGGCUUCGCAAUUACUGAGCAACCUUGUUACGGCUCACAGGGAUGCAGCUCAUGUUAUCACUUCCCACGUCGCACUCUCGCCAUCCAAUGAGCAAGUUACCGAUCGAAUACGGCAGGGCUUGACCACAACAACAACCGAGCCUGAGAAAAAAACAAAGGGGGAGAACGAACCACCCAACUGGAUGGAUAUGUUGCUGGCAUGUGCUCAAACAAACAAUCGGGAAGCCAUGGCGGGAGUAGUGGCAGCAUUACACAACUCCGUUGUGUCUCUACGGAAACGUCCCCGCGACGACGACAAUGCCAAGUGGUUGGACGAGAGGCUUGCUUUGGACAGGCUCUUGAUGAGCACACUUUGUAGACAAUUGGUGCCAGUCGGGCAGAUCAAAGCUUUGAUUCACGACAAUACACAAAAUAAUGAUGACAAGGACGCUCAUGAUACAGGCGGCCUUGGGGAUUCUGCCACGGAGUGGAUAACGCUGUUGCUGACCAAGUGCUGCAAACUGGGACAUUUUUCCAAACUGUUUUCGUCACUCGCUGGACAGAAUAAGUUGCCUGCAGAUAUUGCCAUUUUCCCAGAGCACAUGGUGCUAUUGCAGUGCAUCCACAGUGAACUGGAUGCGCCAGGAAGUAAAGAGAUUGUGUUGGGGGGUGAAGCUGGAGUGGAAGAGGUGAUUGCCACACAUGUAUUCUUGUCCGAAUUAUGCGGCUCCCUCAGAAAGAACCUUCCGGUGGCCACUGCCACAGACUCGGCUGACUCGACAAUGAACCACCAUGCCCUGGUGACAAUUCUAGAAAUCUUGGCGGCUUCUCUGGGACAAGACAAUGACAUGAUUUCAUCAACCAGGAGCAAGCUUGGUGAAAGCUGUUGCACUUUGCUAUCGGAUGCUGGCAUUCAGCUUGGAGCUCUCGUGGAUUCCAUUUCAUACCGAAACGAAGGGCGGAAAAGCCGUGACUUUGUCAUACAGCAACAUGAACAACGUGUCAUGACGGCAUUGGUGCAGCUCAUUGGCAACGUUUGUUUCCGGUGCCACAGGAAUCAAGAACGCCUGCGACUGACCAAGGUUCCACCUCUGAAGCAGAGAAUCAACGCUGGGUCGUCUUCUGCUGAGGAGGAAGAAGAACGAAAUGCACUCCAUGUGCUUCUUUCGUGCACUAGUUUGGCGCACUCUUGUUUUACACUACGGGAGUGGGCCGUCAUUGCGAUUCGUAAUGUCCUGGACAAUAACGAGCACAAUCAGGCAGAAGUCGCCAAGUUGGAGGCCAACAAACCUGUCCAGUCGGCAGAACUGGCUAGUCUAGGCAUUCGAGUUGAUAUGGAUACGAAAGGAAACGUGUCCGUGGUGCCGAACAACAAAGAUGGUGGGAACCAAAAUGAUGCCUAACAACCAGCAAUCAAUCCCACCGAGAUAACGGUAUGCACGAGGCAACAGAACUCCAGCCUGAAGGCUUGUCUCUGUCAAUCCCAGUAAAUUAUUUAGUAUACUCACUUUUUGCUGCAAUUGAUAAAUGCGGGGGAAGUCGGACGAUACCGGCACUAAAUAAUGGAAGAGGGGAACGCGUCAGGAAAAGUUCCACACAUUUCAACCACGACCCAUGGUUCGGUAUGGCAAUCCCAUUCAUUCACA